GCGGUUCAAUGUUUUCUUCUUCCCUGCGUGCGCUAUAAAUAAGUGUAAUGGCGCAGUUCAUGUCUUCACAACAAGUUUUAGCAGGGAGAAAGAUCAAAAAUGGGAUCAGUUUGGGUUAGUUAUGCACCGGCGAAGAAGGACUCGGAUGCCGACAGAACUCCAGCCCGACCGGGAGUCGGCGAUGGCGAUGGCGAUGGCGAUGGAUCCCAUACUCAUGCUGUCGACAAACGGCAGCUGCUGCCGGUAAAUGAAGAUUUGGUACUUCAACGCUCGAGAACCCUGACUCCGACUAAGCCACUGAUCAAAGACGGCGGUGGAGCUAGUCAUCAUGCCAUAAACAAGAGUCAACAGAUCGCGGAUGAAGCCUUGAGAUCCAAACGCUCAAGAACUCCGACUUCACCGCCGCCCAAAGACGGCGGUGGAGCUCGUCAUCAUGCUAUAAACGAGUCCGCCGCCAAUCAAUGACGGCGGUGGAGCUCGUCAUCAUUGAUAUAUUGCAAGGAGGUGGAGAACUUAAAAUAAGGCAAAAAGAAUAAAUUUUAAAAUAAAUGUAUAGUCAGUUUGUUAGAUGUAAUUUUAUUUUAUAUUAAAUGUCAAAGAAAUAUAUUUUUUUCUCUUCGUAGCUUAAGGUUUGUUUUUCCUAACAUUAUUAUAUUAUAAA